UAAAGCAGUAAGUAUAGGACAGAACGGGGAGACUCGUGAGGCCGGCGCUUCCUCGUUCCUUCUCCUUCGUUUCUCCUCCCAGCCGCAGGCGCCGGAAUUCCGGAGGGACAGGGCCAUCCUUUCCCCUUGGGGAGUCCCCCAGUUCUGCAUUUCCCUCUUCGCAGACAUUCGAGUACUUGCGCCCGCCGCCAGUUCUUCAGAUGGCCAGAGCGGGCGAUGCGGCCAAGGAGUACGUCGCCGGAUCCGCCGCCGGCGUCGCCCAGGUUGUAGUCGGCCACCCGUUCGACACGGUCAAGAUGGUGUUUUACCCUCGAUGAAGGAUUUGCCACCAAACUAGGCAUCACUCCCAUUGGACCCUGAUGAUCCACAUUUCUAUGUGAUUGUGGCACUAUUCUGUUUGUUAGUUCAGGGCCUAUUGAACGGUUACUUGGUAUACCAGUGUACAAAAUACACAAAACAGACGGUUCUCUGGAUGAAGUGAUCUUCAAUCUGGACGAAAUUUAUGGUUAAACUGCAAGCUCAUAAUACCACGGCUCACGGAAAGGUGUACAAGAAUGCGUUCCACUGCACUAGUAGGAUACUGCUUGAGGAAGGAAUUAGAGGGCUGUACAAAGGUGCGUCGUCUUCAUUUAUUGGUAUAGCUGUUGAAAGCUCCCUUUUCUUUGGCACAUAUUCCCAAGCCAAACAGUUAUUACAGGGAAGCUAUGAGGUUGGUAGGCCGCAUCUACAGGUAAUUAUCCCUUCUGCUGCAUGCAGUGGAGCUCUGAUUAGCUGCAUCCUCACUCCAACUGAGCUCACCAAGUGCAGAAUGCAAGUUCAAGGGAAGGAUGUAAUCCAUGGCGCUAGGUACUCCAGCCCUCUAGAUUGUGCUGUGAAAACACUGGAAAGUGAAGGGCUUAAGGGUAUAUUCCGUGGUGGUUUGGCAACAUUAUUCAGAGAGGCGAUUGGCAAUGCUGUCUUCUUCUGCACUUAUGAGUACAGUCGAUACUGGAUGCACAACUAUUUGGAUUCUGUGAGAUUUUCUGAUAGCAGUCAUUUUGUGCUGGCAAAAGAUAUUGGGAUAGGGGUUAUGAGUGGUGGCAUUAGUGGAAUGGCGUUCUGGACAGCUACCCUACCGCUGGAUGUGGCAAAAACCAUAAUACAGACCGAUCCGGACCCUCAUGUGAGCCGAAACCCCUUGCAGAUUUUGAGAAUGGUUUAUAAGAGAGCUGGGAUGGGUGGCUGUUAUGCUGGACUUGGACCAACUCUAGCAAGAGCAUUCCCUGCCAAUGCAGCAGCAAUUGUUGCUUGGGAAUACAGCGCCAAGAUUCUUGGUAUAAAGCGAGGCUAGUAUUAAGUGUUUUCUUGCUAUUCCAGGCACUUUGCACUUAUCCCGGAAUUGGACUGGGAAAUACACUGAAUUUAAGUUUUCUUUUGGUUCAUUGACGCGGAUGCUUAGAAGAGGGCAACUGGAGCAUUGUAUUUGUAAAAUUGAUGGCAUCGUUAUCAAGUCUCCAUGGUCCACUUGUAUCUUUGAGUUGCAUUAAAAAAACUUGAAAAUGGUGGUGCAUGUAUAUUAAGCAAGUUAAGGUUACCUCUGACCUGUACCAUAAUCACAAGCUCACUUGACUUGUUGUAUGGACUCAACUGUCACCAGAUGCAUAACUGUAUUUUAAGCUGUCCCUCUCCCUGAUGAAUUUUAAGCUGCGGCUGCCAUUGUCCUGCACUGCAUAAAUGUAUUAUUGCUAUCCACUGCAGAGCUACGACGCCGUGUUCGUUUGAGAGAAGCUGAUUCUGCCUUAUUUUUUAUAAAGCUGUGCUGUUUAGCAGCCUAACCUUUCUUAAUUAUUUUAUUGUA